AUGACCAUCAUCAUCAUAUUAGCCCGCCUGUUCGGUGCUCGGCUGCUUGCAUCCAACGACUUCCAGCGAUCUUCACCAGAUCGUCGGUCUACCAUGUCGGAGGCCUUCUCACGCUGCGUCUCCGGUCUGCGGUCGGUACUCAAAGUCUUUACUGCCCCAACGGUCAUCUGUCUUACGAGCUACUUCACUUUCGCAAUUCUUCGGGCUAUCGAACUAUGUACAGAUGACCUAGUGACAGCCUUCGUCAAUUUCCCUGGAUGCACAGGGUCAAAAGUACUGGUCUGCUCUGCAUACCUACCUGGACAUGAUGUAAACAACAAAAUCAUCAAAGACCCGACAACCGGCCUACAGCCUGUGGUGGAAUACGCCCGUAAGCACAAGGCCGAACUCCUCGUGGGCUGCGAUGCAAACGCCCAUCACACAAACUGGGGAAGCUCUGACAUCAACACCAGAGGGUGCACACCGACGUUCGUCACUGCCACAAGACAAGAGGUACUAGAUAUAACACUCGCGACCGACAAACUGGCCGAAUAUAUCACUCAUUGGCAUGUCAGCAAUGAGAACUCCAUGUCUGAUCACAAGCACAUCAGAUUCACAAUUGAGGCUGCAACAGACUCAAACCCCAUACUCUACAGAAACCCAAAGGCUACAGAUUGGCCUAAAUACAGAGACAGUCUUACAAGCCUAAUUGCGGACCUUCCGAAGAGUAUCAAAUCUCCUCUAGAACUAGAACUCGCUGUGGACAUACUUCUAAGUGGCAUAAUAAGUGCCUACCAGAACAACUGUCCCAUCAAAACCAAAACCGCCAAAUGUAAAACACCCUGGUGGAAUAAGAGUCUAGAAAAGCUGAGGAAGAAAACUCGCAAAUUAUCCAACAGGGCUAAAAAACCUUUCGAAUGGGCCCAAUAUAGUAAAGCCCAAACGGAAUACUACUGCGAAAUUAGGAAAGCCAAAAGAGCAUCAUGGCGUGCUUUCCGCGAGGAGAUAACUCAGACUCCCCAAGGAUCCAGAUUACACAAAAUGCUUGCCAAGGCGCCAAAUAACCAAAUUGGACUUAUGAAAAGGCCCAAUGGUACCUAUACGACAUCAGAGGAAGAAACUCUACAGCUGCUAUCUACAACCCACUUCCCUGGUUCGGUUCAUAUCUCAAGAGAUAAGGAGAAUCCUCCAAGCUCACAUCUACAAAAGCCCAACCAUGAGGCGUGGAACAGAGCUGCGAGGAUUUUUCGACCAAAACAAAUUAUAUGGGCUAUAAAAUCUUUCAAGCCAUAUAAAUCAUCGGGAGAAGAUGGAAUUUUCCCGGCCCUGUUACAACAAGGGCUUGACAUCCUAUCUCCCUAUCUGGUAAGAAUAUUUAGAGCCAGCUUUGCCUGGGGUUUUAUACCAGAACCAUUAACGAAGGUCAAAGUUACCUACGUACCGAAAACCGGUCGACGAGACUACUCGCAGCCAAAGUCUCACAGACCUAUAAGCCUAACCUCUUUCAUAAUAAAAACCAUGGAAAAGGUUCUGGACCAACACAUUAGAGCUACAAUCCUCGAAAAUGCUCCCCUGCACAGGAAUCAAUAUGCCUACCGCAAGGGACAUUCCACAGAGACCGCCUUGCUCGAUUUCACCGACAAGGUCGAGAAGCCAUUUAGGACAAACAAAUAG